AUGUUCACUCCCUGCGAGACCGGCAGGGCAUCGGCCGUGUGCAGCAGCAGCAGCAGCAGCAGCAGCAGCCGACGCCGCCGUCGUUGCUUCGGCCGUACCCGUCCGUUGCGCUUUCCAACUGACCUGAAAGAGCCCUCGGCCGGAGCAAACCGUCCGUGCAAACUGCUUGAGAGACAUGACGCACGGGACCGAAGGACCGACGGCCGGCUAUGUACCGUGUACCCCUCCGUCCGUGCACCGGGGCGGUACGGGCGGAUGGAAGGCGCCGUUGAUGGGCCACGCCUGUCGGAAGCCGCGCUGAAAGGUCAGUCGCCCCCGACCGAUCCAUCCACUCUGCGCCCCGAUCAUUCCAUCCGCAGUCGCUUGCACUUUCCGCCUGGCUUCGGUGCAGUGGACAGGACGUCGUCUGGCCAUGACGCCGUGAUCCUGCCGCUUGUCGAUGGUGCAGAGGGCGCUCUGAGCGUCGUAGGUCGAGGAUCCCAUCCUCACCCGAGGCCGAGGGCGUGGAACUAG